AUGGAUAUUAGGUUUCCUUAUUCGCCGGCGGAAACUGCAAAUGUACGUACGGUUCAGUUCGGAAUUCUCAGCCCCGACGAAAUCAGGAGAAACUCUGUGGUGGAAAUCGAGCACGGGAAGAGCUCGGAGAAGGGGAAGCCAAAGGUCGGAGGGUUGAGCGACCCUCGCCUUGGAACCGUUGAUAGGAAGAUUCGGUGUGCCACGUGUACGGCUGAUAUGGCUGAGUGCCCGGGGCAUUUCGGUCACUUGGAGCUCGCUAAGCCAAUGUUUCACGUUGGUUUCUUGAAGACGGUGCUCACCGUCAUGCGUUGUGUUUGCUUCAACUGUUCCAAGAUUUUGGCGCGCGAGCAGGAUAAGAAGUUUGAACAAGCUUUGAAGAUUGGGAACGCUAAAAACAGGCUGAAGAGGAUCUUGGAUGCUUGCAAAAACAUAAGCAAUUGUCAAGGUGGUGAAGAUUCUGAGGAGCUGGUUCGAAUUGGCUGCGGUGCCUUGCAGCCCAAGAUUACUAUUGACGGUAUAAAGAUGAUUGCUGAGUAUAAGGCUCGGAGGAACAAAAACAAUGACCAUGAACAGCUUCCUAAUCCUGAAGAAAGGAAAGAGAUUCUUUCUGCAGAAAGGGUUCUUGGUGUUCUAAAAAGGAUAAGCGACGAGGACUGCGAAUUGUUGGGCUUGAAUCCGCAGUUUGCGCGUCCUGAUUGGAUGAUCUUGCAAGUUCUUCCAAUUCCUCCUCCACCAGUGAGACCUUCUGUUAUGAUGCACUCAUCUUGUAGGUGUGAGGAAAGUGAUGACUUGACUCAUCAGUUAGCCACAAUCAUCAAGCACAAUGAAAAUUUGAAGAGACAUGCGAAAAAUAGAUCACCUCAGCAUAUUGUUUCCCAGUUUUCUCUGUUGUUGCAGUUCCAUAUAACCGCAUAUUUUGAUAACGAGUUGAAGGGACUGCCAAGAGCUACUCAAAGAACAGGAAGGCCUAUCAAAUCAAUUUGUAGCAGGCUUAAAGCCAAAGAAGGUCGGAUUAGAGGAAAUUUGAUGGGGAAAAGAGUUGAUUUUUCUGCUCGAACGGUUAUUACACCAGACCCGAACAUUAACAUUGAUGAACUUGGAGUGCCAUGGAGUAUUGUUUUGAACCUUUCACACCCUGAGACUGUAACUCCAUAUAAUAUUGAAAGGUUGAAGGAGCUUGUAGAGUAUGGACCCAAUCCCCCACCUGGGAAAACUGGUGCCAAGUACAUCAUUCGUGAUGAUGGGCAAAGGCUUGAUCUCAGAUAUUUGAAGAAAAGUUGCCAUCCUCAUUUGGAGAUAGGAUACUUUAAUAGGGUCAAAGUCAUUAGUGGCCUCAGAGGCAUUGCUCCUCCAAUUCUUGAUGGGAGCAAUUAUCAUGUCUGGCAAGUGAGGAUGAAAGCAUUCCUUGAAGGAGCUGAUCUGUGGGAGGCAGUGGAGGAUGACUACGUGGUGCCUCCAUUGGUUGCCAAUCCAACUGCAAAUCAACAAAAGCUCCACAAAGAACGUGUGACUAGAAAAGCCAAAGCAAGAUCUAGUCUCUAUGCUGCUGUUACUCCUAUUAUUUUUAAUAGGAUUAUGAGUCUAGAAUCUGCAAAAGAUAUUUGGGAUUUUUUGAAGAAAGAAUAUGAGGGCAAUAAGAAGAUUAAAGGAAUGAAAGCAAUGAACCUUAAAAGGGAGCUAGAAAGAGUGCAGAUGAAGGAAAAUGAAUCAGUUCAAGAAUUUGCUAAUAAACUCCUAGACUUAACCAAUAAAUUGGCACUGUUGGGUACUGAUCUUGGAGAGGAAAGACUUGUCGAGAAACUCCUGUGUUCUGUACCUGAAAGAUUUGAAGCUACUAUAGCAUCUCUUGAGAACACAAGAGAAAUCUCAGAGAUGCCAUUUGCUGAAGCAGUUAGUGCUCUUCAAGCACAAGAACAAAGGAGGGUACUGAGGAGAGGAGAUGAGCCAGUUGAAGGUGCAAUGCAGGCUAGGGUGAAGCAUGGAAGUGGUGAGAAGAAGAAGCAAGGCAAGCAGUUUGGUGCUCAACAGACCAGUUUCAGUUCAAGUGAUGCACAAGUGAGGAAAGGGAGUGAUGAAGCCUGCAAACACUGUGGAAAGAAAGGUCAUCCUUUCUUUAGGUGUUGGAGAAGACCAAAUGUAGUCUGCAGGAAGUGUGGGAAGAUGGGGCACAUAGAGAGAAUCUGCAAAGAAAAGAGCUCUCAACAAGGAGAGGCUCAAGCAGCUGCAGGUGAAGUGGAGCAAUUGUUUGCUGCUUCAGGCUUUGUGUCUCAAGUCUCACGUGAUGGAUGGCUGGUGGACAGUGGCUGUUCCAAUCACAUGUCAGGAAAUGAGGCAAUUUUCACUAAUAUUGACAGAUCAGUCAAUACUAGAGUGAGAAUUGGGAAUGGUGAUCAUCUAGAGGUUGAAGGAAGAGGCAAUGUGUUACUUGAAGGCCCUGGAGGAGUGAAGCUGAUGUCUGAUGUCUACUAUGUUCCCAAGAUAGAUCAGAAUCUUCUGAGUGUGGGACAGUUAGUUGAGAAGGGCAUGAAGAUUGUGUUUGAUAAGAAUGAAUGUGCUAUUGCAGAUGAGGAGGGCAAACUCUUGUUUAGGAUCCCUAUGCAGAACAAAACAUUUGCAUUCGAUCCUGCAAGCAAAGAGAGCAAAGCUAUGGCAUGUGUGCAGGGUCAGGAGGAGUUGUGGCAUAGAAGGUUGGGUCACUUUCACUAUAAGGGAUUGCAGUUUAUGCAGAGGCAUGGUUUAGUUGAAGACUUGCCUCAGUUGGGAAGUGAAGUGUCUGAUUGUGAAGUAUGUCUGCAAGGGAAGCUAGUAAGGAAGCCAUUCCAGAAAACAAGAUGGAGGGCCAAGAAGAAGCUUCAACUGGUUCACUCAGAUGUUUGUGGGCCUAUGCCUGAGGAGUCACUGAACAAAAGCAAGUACUUUGUGACCUUCAUUGAUGACUGCACAAGAUUUUGCUGGGUCUACUUUCUCAAACAAAAAUCAGAAGUUGAUGAAGUAUUUCUGAGGUUCAAACAAGAGGUGGAGAAUGAAGCAAAUUGUAAAAUAAAGACAGUGAGGAGUGAUAAUGGUGGUGAGUAUACCUCAAAAAGGUUCAAAGCCAUCUGUGAGGACUCUGGCAUAAAGCAGCAGUUUACAGUUCCUUACACUCCCCAACAAAAUGGGGUGAGUGAAAGGAAAAAUAGAAGCAUUGUGGAGAUGGGAAGAUGUAUGCUACAAGGCAAACAACUACCCAAGAGCUUCUGGGCAGAAGCAGUAAAUACUGCUGUCUUCUUGUUGAAUAGGUUACCAACCAAAGCUCUCAACAAGCAGACAUCAUUCGAGGCAUGGCACGGGUACAAACCAAAGGUUAGUGGACUAAGAACAUUUGGUUGUCUAUGCUAUUACUUGACUCCUUCAGUCAGUAGAGACAAGCUUGAUCAUAGAGGUGAGGCUGGUAUCUUUGUAGGGUAUAGUUCUCAGUCUAAAGCCUAUAGAGUGUAUUGUCCUGAUGCACAAAAGAUUACUGUGAGUAGAGAUGUGAUUUUUUGUGAAGAUAAAAAUUGGGAGAGGGCAGUAUUUGAAAAGAAAAUGGCUGACAAUAUUGUAGUUGAAGCUAAUGUGCAGAAUGAGGAUGAGUUAAAUGAGGAAGCAGAUCUACAGAAUGAGUGUGAGCUGAUUGAAGAUGAAUUGAUUGAUCAUUUGCCUAUGCGAGGUACAAGACCACUGGCAGAGGUCUAUGCCAGAUGUAAUGUGGCUCUCCUAGAACCAGGAACAGUUGAGGAAGCAAAAGGAAGUGUGGAGUGGGCCUCAGCUAUGAAAGAAGAACUGAGCAUGAUCAACAAGAACAACACAUGGCAACUUGUAUCUAAGCCUGAUCACAAGAAGACUAUAGGUGUCAAAUGGGUUUUUAAGACAAAAUUGAACCCAAAUGGCACUGUGAACAAGUAUAAAGCCAGGUUGGUUGUGAAGGGAUAUGCUCAAGUGAGUGGGGUGGACUACUCUGAAACUUUUGCUCCGGUUGCUCGCAUGGAUACCAUCAGAUUGCUACUAGCUGUUGCUGCACAGAAAAGGUGGACCAUCUAUCAGCUGGAUGUGAAAUCAGCUUUCCUAAAUGGUGACCUAUCUGAGGACAUCUAUGUAGACCAACCAGAAGGAUUUGUUGUUAAAGGCCAUGAAGACAAAGUGUAUAAGCUGAGGAAAGCCUUGUAUGGGUUGAAACAAGCUCCCAGGGCUUGGUAUAGCAAAAUUGAUUGUUAUCUGCAUCAGCUUGGGUUCCAGAAGAGUCUAAGUGAAGUCACUCUGUACUACAAACGGAGUGAGAGAGGCCUUGUGGUGGUGUCUAUCUAUGUCGAUGAUCUGCUUGUUACAGGAGAGGAGGAGAGUGAGAUAGUGAAGCUGAAGGUAGGACUGAUGAAGCAGUUUGAGAUGACAGAUUUGGGGAGAAUGUCUUACUUUCUUGGCAUGGAGAUUCAGCAAAAAGAAGGUGAGAUAUUCAUCUGUCAGAAAAAGUACAUCAGAGAGGUCCUAAAGAGGUUUGAAAUGGGAGAAUGCAAGACAGUCACUACUCCUGUUAAUCAGAAAGAGAAGUUAAGCAAGAGUAAUGUGCAGGAUUCUGAGCAUGAGAAUGAGUACAGAAGUCUAGUAGGCUGUCUAAUGUAUUUAACAACUACUAGGCCUGACAUUCAGUAUGAAGUGAGUAUUCUAUCGAGGUUCCUUCAUUGUGCAGCUAAGGAACAUCUUACUGCAGCAAAAAGGGUGUUGAGAUAUCUAAAGGGGACUCAAAGUUAUGGUGUGAAAUUCAAAGCAGUUCCUGAGAUGAAGCUGGUUGGUUUUGUAGAUAGUGACUGGGGUGGUUCGGUGGAAGACAUGAAAAGCACAACGGGUUUCUGUUUUUCACUUGGAUCAGGUUGUUUUUCCUGGAGCUCAAAGAAACAGGAAGUUGUAGCACAGUCUACAGCUGAAGCUGAAUUUGUGGCUGCAACUGCAGCUGCAAAGCAUGCAGUAUGGCUCAGGAAGUUACUCUGUGAUUUGGGGCUGCAAGAGAAAAGAUCAACUGUGUUGUAUGUGGACAAUCAAGCUGCAAUUGCAAUUGCUCAGAAUCCAGUCUUUCAUGGCAAGACUAAACACUUCAAGCUGAGAUUCUAUUAUCUGCGUGAAGUACAACAGGAGGAAGAGGUGGAGCUGAAGUAUUGCAAGACAGAUAAUCAGAUAGCUGAUGUCUUCACCAAGCCUCUUGCUUUAAUAGGGUCAAAGUCAUUAGUGGCCUCAGAGGUGGAGCGCCAUUUGAUGGACGGAGACUUAGUUCUCUUGAAUCGUCAGCCUAGUCUUCAUAAAAUGUCCAUUAUGGGGCACAGAAUCAAAAUCAUGCCUUAUUCUACGUUUCGGCUUAAUUUGUCGGCAACUAAGCCUUAUAAUGCUGAUUUUGAUGGGGAUGAAAUGAACAUGCAUGUUCCUCAGUCAUUUGAAACCAGAGCAGAGUUGUUGGAGCUCAUGAUGGUGCCUAAAUGCAUUGUAUCUCCUCAAUCAAACAGACCAGUAAUGGAUAUUGUUCAAGACACACUAUUAGGAUGCAGAAAAAUCACCAAGAGAGAUACCUUCAUCACAAAGGAUGUAUUUAUGAACAUUCUAAUGUGGUGGGAAGAUUUCGACGGGAAUGUUCCUACACCAGCAAUAUUGAAGCCAGAACCAUUGUGGACUGGGAAACAAGUUUUCAAUCUUAUUAUUCCCAAGCAAAUAAAUUUAACUAGGUAUUCUAGCUGGCAUGAUGAUAACGAAGGAGGAUCAUCAAUAACUCCAGGGGAUACUAUGGUCAGAAUUGAAAAAGGGGAACUACUUACCGGAACUCUUUGCAAAAAGACACUUGGAGCAUCUACUGGAAGUCUCAUUCAUGUCAUUUGGGAAGACGCUGGCCCCGAUGCAGCUCGUAAAUUUCUUGGCCACACUCAGUGGCUUGUAAACUACUGGCUUCUGCAGAAUUCUUUUAGCAUUGGAAUUGGUGAUUCGAUUGCGGACGCUUCGACUAUGGAGGUUAUUAACCAGACUAUUUCAGAGGCAAAAGAGAAAGUGAAAACACUAUUUAGGGAUGCUCAAGAAAAGAAGUUGGAGUCUGAACCCGGUCAGACAAUGAUGGAUACAUUUGAGAAGAAAGUGAAUGAGGUGCUGAACGAAGCUCGUAAUGAUGCCGGGAAAAAAGCGCAGACAAGUUUAUCUGAGAGCAAUAAUCUGAAAGCAAUGGUGACAGCUGGUUCCAAAGGAAGUUUUAUCAACAUAUCUCAGAUGACUGCUUGUCUUGGUCAACAGAAUGUUGAAGGCAAGCGAAUUCCAUUUGGGUUCAUAGAUAGGACACUGCCACACUUUACAAAAGAUGAUUAUGGGCCUGAAAGCCGAGGCUUUGUGGAGAACUCGUAUCUUCGAGGGCUGACCCCACAAGAGUUCUUUUUCCAUGCCAUGGGAGGUAGGGAAGGUGUUAUUGAUACUGCAGUGAAGACCUCUGAAACUGGAUACAUCCAAAGGCGGCUUGUGAAGGCUAUGGAGGAUAUUAUGGUCAAAUACGAUGGAACUGUUAGGAACUCCGUAGGAGAUGUCAUACAAUUUCUCUAUGGAGAAGAUGGUAUGGAUGCUGUUUGGAUUGAAACACAGAAUCUUGAUUCCCUGAAAAUGAAAAAGUCAGACUUUGAUAGGACCUUUAAGUAUGAGUUUGAUAAGGAGAACUGGAAUCCUAGUUACAUGCUUGAAGGGCCUAUUGAAGACUUGAAAUCCAGCAUAGAGCUUCGUAAUUUACUUGAGGAUGAAUUUGAAAUGCUUGAACAUGAUAGACAUCUGCUUGCAAAUGAGAUUGCCACUACUGGUACUAGUUCUCUUCCACUGCCUGUUAACCUUAAGAGGCUUAUCAGGAAUGCUCAGAAGACAUUUAAGAUUGACUUUCGAAGGCCUUCUGAUAUGGACCCGAUUGAAAUUGUAGAAGCUGUUGAUAAGCUACAGGAGAGACUUAAAGUUGUUCCUGGUGAUGAUCUCCUUAGUCAAGAAGCUCAGAAGAAUGCUACUCUCUUGUUCAAUAUUUUGCUCCGCAGCACUUUUGCUAGUAAACGUGUCUUGGAAGAACAUAGGCUCUCUCGUGAGGCAUUUGAGUGGCUAGUGGGAGAAAUAGAAUCAAGGUUCCUGCAGUCACUUGUAGCCUCUGGGGAAAUGAUUGGUUGUGUAGCAGCGCAAUCAAUUGGUGAGCCUGCUACUCAGAUGACUCUCAACACCUUCCACUAUGCGAUGACUCUCAACACAUUCCACUAUGCUGGUGUAAGUGCUAAGAAUGUUACACUUGGUGUUCCCAGGUUAACAGAAAUUAUUAAUGUGGCCAAGAGAAUCAAAACACCUUCCUUGUCUGUGUAUUUGAAACCUGAGGUUAGUAGGACUUCAGAGGAGGCCAAACGUGUGCAGUGUGAUUUAGAGCUUACUACACUUAGGAGAGUGACACAAGCUACAGAGGUGUGGUAUGAUCCAGACCCAUUGUAUACUGUAAUUGAAGAAGAUGUUGAUUUUGUGAAGUUGUACAAUGAAAUGCCUGAUGAAGAAGUUGCUCUUGAAAGAAUGUCACCUUGGUUGCUUCGCAUAGAAUUGAACCGAGAGAUGAUGGUGGAUAAGAAGUUGAGCAUGGCUGACAUUGCUGAGGAGAUAAAACAUGUGUUUGAUGAUGAUUUGAAAUGUAUUUUCAAUGAUGACAAUGCUGAAAAGCUCAUACUUCGUAUCCGAAUCAUGAAUGAUGAAGCCCACCGGGGAGAGAUUCAGGAUGAUUCUGCUGAUGAUGUUUUCUUAAAGAGAAUAGAAAGCAGCAUGCUUACUGAGAUGACAUUACGUGGCAUCCCUGGCAUCAGCAAAGUAUUUAUGAAAAGUAUUGACGUUCCAAAAUUUGAUGACAAUGAAGGUUUUCAGACUCAUAAGGAAUGGAUGCUUGAAACUGAUGGUGUCAACCUUUUAGCUGCAAUGUGCCAUGAGCAAGUUGAUGCAACAAGGAGCAUAAGCAACCACCUUAUUGAAAUUAUUGAAGUCCUUGGAAUUGAGGCAGUUCGGCGGGCUCUUCUGAAUGAAUUGCGUGCUGUCAUCUCUUUUGAUGGAUCUUAUGUCAAUUACAGGCAUCUCGCUAUUCUUUGUGAUACUAUGACUUAUCGUGGCCAUUUGAUGUCAAUUACGCGCCAUGGUAUCAACCAAAAUGAUACCGGUCCAAUGAUGAGAUGCUCAUUUGAACAGACUGUUGAUAUUCUCCUUGAUGCUGCAGCAUAUGCUGAGGCUGAUCACUUAAGGGGUGUCAGCGAAAACAUCAUGUUAGGCCAGCUUGCGCCCCUUGGCACUGGACAAUGCUCUCUGUAUCUUAAUGAUGAGAUGAUUAAGAAUGCAUUUGAUCUCCAGCUACCUAGUUAUAUGGAUGGUCUUGACUUUGGCAAGACACCUGCUCAUUUCUCCAUGUCAACUCCCUAUCUUGAUGGCUUGAUGUCACCAACUCAUUUGUCCAGUCCAAAUCUGCGGCCAUCACCAAUUAAUAAUGCAGUUUUUUCACCUUAUGGAAUGGCCUGUGGUUACAGCGCAUAUCGAAGUGACUACAGUAUAUCUUCACCUGCUUAUGAUCCAGUUUCACCUAAGUACACUCCCACUUCUCCUGUAUAUAGCCCUGUGUCACCAAGUUAUAGUCCUCUUUCCCCAACUUAUACCCCGACGUCUCCGGCAUAUAGUCCUAUAUCACCUGCAUAUAGCCCCUCCUCUCCUGGGUACAGCCCUACAUCACCAAGCUAUAGUCCUAUAUCACCUACAUAUAGCCCCUCCUCUCCUUGGUACAGCCCUACAUCACCAAGCUAUAGUCCUAUAUCACCUAUAUAUAGCCCCUCCUCUCCUGAGUACAGCCCUACAUCACCAAGCUAUAGUCCUAUAUCACCUGCAUAUAUCCCCUCCUCUCCUGGGUACAGCCCUACAUCACCAAGCUAUAGUCCUACUUCCCCUUAUUACAGUCGGUUAUCUGCAGAGUAUAGUCCCACAUCACCAUACUAUAGCCCCUCAUCACCAACUUAUUCUCCAUCCAGCCCAAAAUUUAGUCCAAGCAGUCCGGAUUUCAGCCUAACUUCUCCACAGUUCAGUGCUUCAAUGGAAUACUCGCCAAGUCGACAUGGUUACUCACCGUCAUCAACCAGCCAAUACACUCCAUAGACAAGUGCCAAGGAUGAGGAUGAUAAUACAACUCUCUGA